AUUCUUUGCUGUUAGCAUUGACUUUCCAUAAUUGAGGGAUUAUGAGCUAAAAAAUCAUUACAUUUCAGAAUGUCCUUGCGCUUGACUGCACCAUUUGGUGCCUAACAGCACUCUGUUAGCGUUUAUCGCUUGGAUAAAUUUCAAAAGAGUAGAAAACCGAAAACCCAUGGAGAGGUUAUUAUGAUUUUAGUUGAAAGUUUGCAAUGCAAUGUAGGAGAUAAAUAUGUAUGUAUAUAUAUAUAUCCGAUCUUAUAAAGUAUAUAAAUAUUUGGUUUUACAAUAUAUAUAUAUAUGUAUGUAUAUCAAUUUUUUUUUUAAUUUUCUUGAUAUAACCUUUCGUUAUUCAACUUAACUUUCAUGUAAACUUAUGAGUUUCAGGCAAUAAAAUACUGAAAAGUAAUAUAAUGAUAAUAAAUCGUACAUAUAUAACAUAUAAUAGAAAGUGAAAGACCUUGUCAAUAUUUUUGAUACGAGUUAUUGAAGGCGACUUUAACAGACACUGCCUUUUGGUUAUCGAUCGAUAUGCCUUGGUUUCUGUUUACAUCGUUAAAUGUCGUUGCUUGUUGCUCUUUGUUGUUCUGUCCGAGCUUAUGGGGCUAUUACAUGCACAAACAUGUACAGUAGAAAGGGUAAUUAUGAUUUAUAUUAUUUAAAUACUACGAAGGCACAAUUAAAAAGCAAAUGUAAUAUUAUUUUUUAAGAUUAGGUUACAACUAAAAAAACAUAUAAGCCAAAAACAUGUUUUAUUUAUAGGUACAUAUAUUUUUAAUUGCUUACCACCGAUUUAGGCAUCAAUUGUAUUAAUUGAGGGACUUAAAUUGCAAACUGUAGAGAUCUUUGGGGCAACCCAAAGCUCAAAAUAAUACACACUUUUAAAUUAGUUUCAUAUAUUCAACUUAAUCUAACAGCUAAAACUAAAAAUAAAACAAUUCUGAACCCAUUACUAUGUGAUUUUAACAUUACUAUAAACUAAUGCCAGGCUUAACUUGUUAACUUUCCAAGAUUUCCCCCUCUUUCCUCUAUUUUCGUAGAUUCCUUGCCUUGGUGCUAUUUAUAAUCCAAGUAACUGUAAAGUAAUUGUAACUUCUCCCUGUGGGUUCUCCCAUCGAGGGCCCACUGUGGCCCACACGUCAACACCUUGACAUUGAUUGCUGCGGCAUUUUUCCCCCCGCCGCGAAACAGAAAGGCAAGAAAGCCAUCGAAAGCGACGGAGGAAACCACAAAUGGAAUGAAAAUGGAACUGGCCAAUAAUUCAGAUGCAACAUUUCAAUUUUGUGGUCGUCGUGUCCGUGUUCGUUCCCGGAAAAGAAUCAAAUAGAAAAAAAAAGAACGAAAGAAGGCCCAUGGGCCGAGCACUUGAUAUGCACAUACGUACACGGUUUGGGUUUAUCACAAGUCCAAAUCGAUUGCCGCCGGUAAAGUUAGUUUAGUUAGGCGUCUCUCCGAUAAGAUACGGGUACGAGUGGCGACCGAGGAGACCGGAGAACCGCAGAACCCGAGUUGACGCAGCCAGAGCAGAGCAGAAGAAAGCCACACUCUGGCCCACCGAGCUCGGGAGCAAUUGUCUAUCCACAGCAGUUAUACAAUAAGUUUGCGAAAUUGCCACCAUGUCUGCGGUUGCGGCUACGAAUAGCGGAGAAUUACCGGCCGAGGAAGAGCAGCCGGCCCCCCUCAACAUCCUGGGUCAGCUGAAGACCAUCGAGCAGAUCAACGAACAGCGCAGGAUAUUCCUCAACGGGACCAUCACCGAGGAGGGAACCGUGGGCAAUGGCAGCGCUGAGGUCCAGGAGGAUGAGGAGGUUCUGGAGCGGAAUCUAAAGGAGCUGGAGAAGAAAACGGAGGUGGCGAUGGCGGUUGUCCAAAAACCAGAUCAGGAGCCUGAAAAGGAAUUGUCGGAGAACGGGGACAAAGAGAAGUCACCGGAAGUGGAGCCACCAAACGAGGAAAAGCCACAGCCGCCGAGCACCUUAUCCCUAAACGUAAAGUACGCCACGCUACCCAGUCCCAGUACUGUGACUCUCCGGUCUCCGCUCUCUCCGCCACCAAAACCGCCCAUGCUGAGUCGCACCCGGAGCAUAGGCUCCGGCGAUGGCAAGAGUCCCGUCUCGCCCGCCAGCACGCCGAUCCGCCAGAGCUUUCCCGCGGCAGCGCCAGCUGCUGUCACAACGCCCACACAGACCUCGCCGGUAGCAGGAAAGUCUGGCGAGGAGCAGCCGCUAGCCACUGUUUCCGCCAAGCACUACGAGGGCCUGAUCGAAGAGCUGCGCUGCCCGGGAUGUGCCGGUGCCAUGAAGGCGCCCAUACUGCUCUGCAAGAGUGGCCACAGUAUCUGCGAGCAGUGCACUCGCAUUCUCCUCAUGUGCCCACUGUGCAAGGAGGCCUUCACCAAUUCCCGAUCGCUGACUGUGGAGGCGUUGUGCGCCAAGGCUCACUUCCGGUGCGGGCACGCUUCCGGCGGCUGCCAGGUGCGCAUGCCAGUGGUCCUGCUGCCAUGGCACGAGCAACAGUGCAUGUACAAGCCGAUGAAGUGCUUCAUGGGUCGCGUGUGGGGCGAGUGCCGCUGGCAGGGACGCGAGGUGCAGUGGAAGGAGCAUCUAGAGCAAGAGCACACGGACCGGCUGUUCCGCUCCAGCAGCGCGGAUCUGGAGUGGAAUCUGGUCACGCGGCGAAAGCCGCUCACCGGCUACUAUGUGUUCCAGGCCCAUGACGAGAUGUUCAACUUCUACGAGAUCCACGAUCGCCAGCGCGUCCUGUUCACCAUGACCUGCACCUCGAACCGCCGAGACAGCAAAUAUAAUUACGCCUACGAGGUCACAGUCCUGCAGCCGGACAACGAGGCUCUGUCCAUGACCCAGAAGUUCCCUGUGCACAGCGAGUAUGACAAGGACAUCCUGAUGGAGGGCACGUGCGUUAGCAUACCCCUAAGCGAAUUGAAUCGCUUUCUGGACCAGGAGAAGGUCCUCCACUAUCGGGUCAGUGUUUUGGCAGUCAAGUCACCUCGCCGGGCGAAGCCACCGCGCCAGAGUCUGCCCUCGCAGCCCGUCGACGUCGAGCAAGCUCCGAAUGGCGGCAUCAACGGAAAGAGUGUGCCGACUAAUAUGAUCAUAACGCGCACAUACAAGGAGGCCAUUGGCGAGGUGGUUGCUGGGCAGACUCCGUCUGAGGUGGCCUCACCGGAAACGGAGGAUGAUGCGGUGACCGGCGGCAAUGGAGUGCCCGAACUCGAGCGAAAGUGGGGCACCCCCCAAUUGCAUUUCAAUCGUAAAUAUCUAAGGAACACUCUAAACGAUGCAACGCCCUUGGAGGAUGAACUGCGUCCGUUGGCCGGUGAGCUGCGAAACGGAAACGGCGAUGACAAGCUCUCACUGUGCAGCAACAGCACCAGCUACACGAAAAAGGUGUCCGACUCCCUGAGGAGGAGCUUCCGGGCCCUGAAGGCGGACAUUGUUGAGUUGCGACCGUUCCACAAGAAGGCCAUUAAGGGAGGAUCGCCGCCGUCUCCGGUCAAGACCAAUAGCAGCCAGUGAGAUGGUAUCAACAGCCGAGCCUAUCUAGCCAUGCCCGCUAAAGAAUAAACAUUUAGCCAUCAAUAAAAUUGUUAAAAACCAAAAACAAAAUUAUUAUUUUUUUUUAAAUGCUAAAUAUAAAGUUAUAUUAUGUUAAUUAAAAAAUACAAUUGGACAGAAAGAAGUAUUAAGCUCUACCAAAUUGUAUAUUGUAUUUCAACUUUGAAACUAAAUAUUGAAAUAAAUCAUUUAUUUAUUGGCA